GGAUUCUUGCGCGUGCGUCCUUAGGUUUCCGGGAACAUGCUCCCUCCGUCCGCCCUUCUCGCACGCACAUUUCCUUCCGGUUAGUUUCCGGUUAGCUACCUUCUUCCAGGGCUACACGUCAUCGUUCACGCUUCCCGGUUACUAAGGCAAUGAAAGGGGCUUCCCACUGCGGUAGUCAUAUUAGACUAGGGCGAAAGCCCGAGUUGUGCUGGCUGCCGCUUGGCAACAGUUCUGCCAUUUCCGGGGUUUUUGAGUAAUAAACAUUUAGAGGUGAACUUCGAUAAUCGUGAAUCCCGAUCAGCUGAGGUUUUGAAGAGUGAGUCACGACUUCCUUGCCCUGUUUCAAGAUGGCGGUGCGGCUUCUCUGAGUAUCGAGCUUCCUCUCAUCUGCCGGAGAGACGCUCUUUGAUUGGUCAGCGAACAGGGCCGUGGCUGACGCACAGCGGCGCCGACCAAUCGGCGGAGAGCUGAGUUGGACUUGGCGGUGGGAACCGGAGCUGAGUCUUGCCGCGGUGGGUACGGAGGACUGCGACCAGUUCCUUUUUAGACAAUGGCAACAUAUCUGGAGUUCAUUCAGCAGAAUGAAGAACGGGAUGGUGUGCGGUUUAGUUGGAAUGUGUGGCCUUCCAGCCGACUGGAAGCUACGAGAAUGGUGGUUCCCCUGGCUUGUCUCCUCACUCCUUUAAAGGAACGUCCAGAUCUGCCUCCUGUACAGUAUGAGCCUGUGCUUUGCAGCAGGCCAACCUGCAAAGCCAUCCUCAAUCCACUUUGUCAGGUUGAUUAUCGAGCAAAACUUUGGGCAUGUAAUUUCUGUUUUCAAAGAAAUCAGUUCCCUCCAGCUUAUGCAGGCAUAUCUGAGGUGAAUCAGCCUGCUGAAUUGAUGCCCCAGUUUUCUACAAUUGAGUACAUGAUACAGCGAGGUGCUCAGUCCCCUCUGAUCUUCCUUUAUGUGGUUGACACAUGCCUGGAAGAAGAUGAUCUUCAAGCACUCAAAGAAUCCCUCCAAAUGUCCCUGAGUCUCCUUCCUCCUGAUGCUCUGGUGGGUUUGAUCACAUUUGGGAGGAUGGUGCAAGUUCACGAACUCAGCUGUGAAGGAAUCUCCAAAAGUUAUGUCUUCCGAGGGACCAAGGAUUUAACUGCAAAACAAAUACAGGACAUGUUGGGCCUGACCAAAACUGCCAUUCCCAUGCAGCAAGCAAGACCCGCUCAGUCACAGGAGCACCCUUUUGCUUCAAGCAGAUUUCUACAGCCUAUUCAUAAGAUUGACAUGAACCUCACUGAUCUUCUUGGGGAGCUGCAGAGGGACCCAUGGCCUGUAACUCAGGGGAAGAGACCUUUGCGAUCCACCGGUGUUGCUUUGUCCAUUGCUGUUGGCUUGUUGGAGGGUACCUUCCCAAACACAGGAGCCAGGAUUAUGUUGUUUACUGGGGGUCCCCCUACCCAAGGGCCUGGCAUGGUGGUUGGAGAUGAAUUAAAGGUUCCUAUUCGUUCCUGGCAUGAUAUUGAGAAAGACAAUGCACGUUUCAUGAAAAAGGCAACCAAGCACUAUGAGAUGCUUGCUAAUCGAGCGGCUACUAAUGGUCACUGCAUUGAUAUUUAUGCUUGCGCCUUGGAUCAAACUGGACUUUUGGAGAUGAAGUGUUGUACAAAUCUGACUGGUGGUCACAUGGUGAUGGGAGAUUCUUUCAACACUUCUCUCUUCAAGCAGACAUUCCAAAGAAUUUUUAGUAAAGAUUUUAAUGGAGAUUUCCGAAUGGCUUUUGGUGCUACCUUGGAAGUAAAGACCUCCAGGGAACUGAAGAUUGCAGGAGCCAUUGGACCUUGUGUAUCUCUGAAUGUUAAAGGACCUUGUGUAUCAGAAAAUGAGCUUGGUAUUGGUGGCACGAGUCAGUGGAAAAUCUGUGGCUUGGAUCCCACGUCUACACUUGGCAUCUACUUUGAAGUAGUUAAUCAGCACAACACCCCAGUCCCCCAAGGAGGCAGAGGCGCCAUCCAGUUCGUCACUCAGUAUCAGCACUCCAGCACGCAGAGACGCAUCCGCGUGACCACCAUUGCCCGAAAUUGGGCAGAUGCACAGAGUCAGCUCAGGCACAUAGAAGCAGCCUUUGACCAGGAGGCCGCAGCAGUCCUGAUGGCACGGCUGGGAGUGUUCAGAGCGGAGUCGGAGGAGGGGCCCGAUGUGCUCCGGUGGCUGGACCGACAACUCAUCCGACUGUGUCAGAAGUUUGGACAGUAUAAUAAAGAAGACCCCACUUCAUUUAGAUUAUCAGAUUCCUUCUCUCUGUAUCCUCAGUUCAUGUUCCAUCUUAGAAGAUCUCCAUUUCUUCAAGUGUUCAACAACAGUCCCGAUGAGUCAUCAUACUACAGACACCAUUUUGCCCGACAGGAUCUAACUCAGUCCCUCAUCAUGAUACAGCCCAUUCUCUACUCCUACUCCUUCCAUGGACCCCCAGAGCCAGUGCUCUUGGACAGCAGCAGCAUUUUAGCUGACAGAAUUUUGCUGAUGGAUACUUUCUUCCAGAUUGUCAUUUAUCUUGGUGAGACCAUAGCUCAGUGGCGUAAAGCUGGCUACCAGGAUAUGCCCGAGUAUGAAAACUUCAAGCACCUCCUGCAGGCACCGCUGGAUGAUGCUCAGGAAAUUCUGCAAGCGCGUUUCCCAAUGCCUCGUUACAUUAACACGGAGCAUGGAGGCAGUCAGGCUCGUUUCCUCUUGUCUAAAGUGAACCCAUCUCAGACUCACAAUAACCUGUAUGCUUGGGGACAGGAAACUGGAGCGCCCAUCCUAACUGAUGAUGUCAGCCUGCAAGUCUUUAUGGAUCAUUUGAAGAAGCUUGCUGUCUCCAGUGCCAGUUAAACUGAGGACAUGAACUGGAGAAGAAAACACUGUCGGAUUGUGCUCAGACUUGCUUAUUAAGGCUUAAUAACAUUCCUUUCACUUUUUCUGGUGGGUUUUAAUAAUAAAAUACUGUAUGUAAGUCUUUAGAUUAUAAUUUAUUUGUAUCCCUUAUCUUUACCCAUUUCUUGAACCAUAAAAUUUAAGGUCACAAAUGUUUUGGUACUUGUAGAUGUUUACAUGCUUUUUGUAUACUAACUUCAGUCUAUAUAAAAUCAGAGGUGAUGUAUUUUGGCAACAUACUUAAAUGAAAUCAUAAUGACCUGAAAGGAAAUAAACCUGAAUGAAGAAAGCACUGGCUAAAGUAAUGUUAAUACAAAUGUGAUU